AAGCACGGCCCGCGGCCUGACCACGUGGCCCGCUUCCGGUCCAGUCUCCAAGGAAACCGGAACCCCAACGCCAACCUGCGCCGGGAAGGAGAAUCCCAUUCCCUGCUUUGCCUCUUCUUCCCCACCCGCGCGCCCCGUCCGAUUCGUCUCGUCUCUCGCAAAGCCGCCGCAAAAAUGGGGUCGCGCGGAGGCGGCGGAACGUCGGGGGCGGAGGCGCCGAGGCGGAGCGGGCGAGGUGGCGCCGGAGGGAUGCGGCUGUUCUCGCCGGAGUACUACGCGCUGUGCGCCGGCGGCGGGAUGCUGGCGGCCGGCACCACCCACCUCGCCAUCACCCCGCUCGACGUCCUCAAGGUCAACAUGCAGGUGAAUCCCAUGAAGUAUAACACUAUAUUUUCGGGACUUAGUGUUCUUGUAAAAGAAGAGGGUGUUUCAUCACUUUGGAGAGGAUGGGGAGGAAAACUUUUCGGCUAUGGUGCUCAGGGUGGCUGCAAAUUUGGCCUCUAUGAGUACUUUAAGAAGCAGUAUUCUGAUGUGCUAGUGGACAGCAAUAGGAGCACAAUUUUCUUUCUUAGCAGUGCCUCUGCGCAGAUCAUAGCUGAUGUUGCCCUCUGCCCUUUUGAAUCCGUGAAAGUCCGUGUGCAGACACAACCCAUGUUUGCAAAAGGUUUGGUUGAUGGCUUUCCAAGGGUGUAUGCCGCUGAAGGCUUGUCUGGAUUUUAUAGAGGACUUUUACCCCUUUGGGGACGGAAUCUUCCAUUUUCUAUGCUAAUGUUCUCAACGUUUGAGCAUACUGUGGGUUUCCUAUAUCAAAAAGUCAUUCAAAAGAAGAAAGAGGAUUGUUCGACAGCACAGCAGCUUGGUGCUACUUGUUUGGCUGGAUAUAUCUCUGGCGCUGUUGGUACCGUCGUUUCAAAUCCUGCUGAUAACAUCGUCUCCUCUCUGUACAACAAAAAGGCUAAAAAUAUUAUACAUGCUGUUAAAAGCAUUGGACUUCGUGGUUUGUUCACAAGAAGCCUACCCAUUCGGAUCACCCUUGUAGGUCCUGUCGUAACCAUGCAAUGGUUUUUCUAUGAUAGUAUCAAGAUAUUGACUGGAUUGCCUCCCAGUGGAGGGCUUCCUCGUGAACUUGAAGAAGCUAACACAUAAAUCACCGUUUCUACAAAAGUUUAUAGAUGCAGUUUUGGUUAUCACACUGAGAAGUACAGUUCUGACUAAUUAUGGGAAGAGUGAGAUGUACUUUUGGGGAACAACUAACUGAACCAUAUAAAUCACUCACGAGAUUUCGGCAAUUGCUUAUGUAGGAUUUAUAUGUUUUAGACGCAUCUUAAACAACCAUAAACUUCAGCACACCUUAGGUACAUGUGUUGUAGCUUGGUGGUGUGUCCAGGAUGCUCUGUAGUAGCUCUCUUGAAGAUUGGUGUGAGGAAAAUGUAUUCGUCUCAUGUAUACACAUGUUCGUCCAUUGUAAAUAAUCUUGUCAAGGAUGAAUACUCGAAUCCUAAAUUUCUGUGUGA